CGCGAAUCCACCAUAGCCGCGGCCAUCUUGUUUAUUUUCAUGCUCCGUGCCGCCGCGAUCGUGAGUCUCGGCGUCCCCUGCAAAGUCCGUUUUGUCGUCGCAUGGUUUCCCCUGUCCGGGGGGCUGACACCAGCAGACAUUGGGCGAAUCGCGAGCAAGCACGUCAAAGUGACAGUGUCCGGCAAAAACCCCCUGGCCGCAGGCAAAGAACGCUCCAACAGCUCUGCCCGAUCUAAGCGCAACGCCGCCACCCGUGACACCACAGCUGCCGUCGGACUUAUAAUGAACCACGCUGUUCUUCAUGACAAGGACAGCGGUCAGGCAGACUUGGAGGAAAUGGAUACACAAGAAGGUGACGAAAACGUGGCCCCUCCACCGUCGCAGCAGCAGCAGCAGCCGCCACAGCCGACCCAGCAGGCCCAGCCCCUGCACCACCCGCCGCCCCCUCCCCCGCCCGAGACGGGCGGGCGGGAGCGCUUUGCCAACGGCGUGUCCCCCGCGGUGGGUGACGUGCACAGCCCGCCCCCUCCCGCCCCUCCCGCCUGCGACGAGCCCAUGGCGCCGGCCCCGCCCCCCGCCGCCGACGCGGGCGCGCUGACGAAGGUGCCGGCGGCAGCGGCGGCGCCGGAUGGCCUCGACGAGCCCAUGGAGGAGGAGGACGAGGCCCGGUCAGAGGCCACCUUCCGCUUUGUGGUGACGGGCUUCUCGAGACUGCGGGAGUCAGUGCUCAGUCCGGCCACCCAAGUGCGCAACCUCCCCUGGAAAAUCAUGGUGAUGCCGCGCACGAAUGCGGGCAACGACCGGACGCCAACCAAAAGUCUGGGCUUCUUCCUACAAUGCAACGGCGAGUCGGAGUCCUCGACGUGGUCAUGCAACGCGACGGCAGAGCUUCGCAUCAUCAGCCAGAAGGAGGGCGUCGACAACUUCGUAAGAAAAAUCCAGCACCUAUUCUAUAGCAAGGAGAACGACUGGGGAUUCAGUCACUUCAUGACGUGGACGGACGUUCUCGAUCCGGAGAAAGGGUUCAUUCUGGACGACACCAUCAUCCUGGAGGUGUGGGUGUCGGCGGACGCGCCUCACGGGGUCAGCUGGGACUCCAAAAAGCACACGGGCUACGUGGGCCUGAAGAACCAGGGUGCCACGUGCUACAUGAACUCCCUCCUGCAGACACUCUUCUUCACGAAUCAGCUCCGCAAGGCGGUGUACCAGAUGCCGACGGAGAGCGACGACUCGUCCAAGAGCGUGGCGCUGGCGCUACAGCGGGUCUUCUACGAGCUGCAGUUCUCGGACAAGCCCGUGGGCACCAAGAAGCUCACGAAGUCCUUCGGCUGGGAGACGCUCGACUCUUUUAUGCAGCACGACGUCCAGGAGCUGUGUAGAGUGCUGCUGGACAACAUGGAGAGCAAGAUGAAGGGCACCUGCGUGGAGGGCACCAUCCCACGGCUCUUUGAGGGCAAGAUGAUCUCGUUCAUCAAGUGCAAGCACGUGGAGUACACCUCCAGGCGCAUGGAGCCCUUCUACGACAUCCAGCUCAAUGUCAAGGGCAAGAAGAACAUCCACGAGUCCUUCCAGGACUACUGCGCCACGGAGAGCCUGGACGGGGAGAACAAGUACGACGCAGGGGAGUACGGGCUGCAGGAGGCGGAGAAAGGCAUCAUUUUCGCCUGCCUGCCCCCCGUGGUGCACCUGCACCUGCUGCGCUUCCAGUACGACCCCCUCACGGACAACAACGUCAAGCUCAACGACCGCUUUGAGUUUCCCGAGAAGCUCAACCUCUCAGACUUUCUCCACGAGAAGGGCCCGAGCCCGGCGACGUACACCCUGCACGCGGUGCUGGUGCACUCCGGGGACAACCACGGGGGCCACUACGUGGUGUUCAUCAACCCCCGGGGGGACGGACGCUGGUGCAAGUUCGACGACGACGUGGUCUCGCGUUGCACCAAGCAGGAGGCCAUCGACCACAACUUCGGGGGCACGGAGGACGACGUGGCCGUCAGCCGCCACUGCACCAAUGCCUACAUGCUGGUGUACAUCAGGGACAGCGCCAUCAACGAGGUCCUGCAGUCGGUGACGGAAAACGACAUCCCCGAGCAGCUGGUCGAGAGGCUUCAGGAGGAAAAGCGCCAGGAGGCCCUGCGGCGCAAGGAGCGCAACGAGGCGCACCUGUACAUGAGCGUGCAGGUGCUGACGGAGGAUAGCUUUGCGGGCCACCAGGGCAACGACCUGUACGACCCGGAGAAGGCCUCUUACCGCUCCUUCAAGGUAAAGAAGCAAGCCACCCUGCGGGACCUGCUGGACCUGAUUGCGGACCAGAUGCGCUUCCCCCUGCACGCCAUCCGGCCCUGGUCCAUCACCUACCGCUCCAACCAAACCUUCCGGCCGGCCGCCGUGGACCUGGACGCAGACCUCAACAAGACGGUGAUUGACCUGUCCGAGAAUGCCAACCCCUGGACGAUCUUCCUGGAGACGAUCGUGCCGGACCAGCCAAUGGACCGGUUGCCGGAGUUCGACAAAGAGACGGACGUGCUGCUCUUCUUCAAGAUGUACGAUCCGAGGCUGAAACAGAUCGCCUACUGCGGCCACACCUACAUGCCCAUCACCGUCAAGGCCAAGGAGCUGGUGCCGCUGCUCAACAAGAGGGCGGGGUUUCCUCCUGACACGGAGCUGGUGCUCUACGAGGAGGUGAAGCCAAACAUUGUGGACCGCAUUGAGGACCUGGAGCUGCCCCUGGAGAAGGUCCUGGAGGAGCUGAUGGACGGAGACAUAAUCGUCUUUCAGAAGCUGGACCACAAUGCGGACGAGUACGAGCUGCCCACCGUCAAGGACUACUUCAGAGACCUCUUCUACAGGGUGGAGGUGACCUUCUGUGAUAAAUCUAUUGCCAAUGACCCCGGCUUCACGAUGGAGCUUUCUCUCAAGAUGAACUAUGACCAGAUCGCCAGGGCGGUGGCGCAACGGCUAGGCACAGACCCUUAUUUAUUACAAUUUUUCAAAGUUCAGAGUUACCGAGAGGGUCCCGGUAACCCUCUGAGGUGUACAUACGAGGGGACGCUCAAGGACCUCCUGGUAUUCUUCAAGCCCAGGCAGCCCAAGAAGAUCUAUUACCAGCAGCUGAGCAUACGGAUAAACGAGCUAGAAAGCAAGAAGCAGUUCAAGUGCGUCUGGGUCAACAGCAAGUUCAAGGAAGAGAAGGAGCUUGUGCUGUACCCGAACAAGAAUGGCUGCGUGAGCGACCUCCUGGAUGAGGCACGCAAGCAGGUGGAGCUCUCGGACGACGGCACAGGUUCUGGCAGGCUACGACUGAUGGAGGUGAUCAGCUACAAGAUCUUCUCGGUGCCCAAGGAGGACGUGCAGCUGGACACACUGAACCAGGCCAACUCGAAGACCUACCGGGUGGAGGAGAUCCCCCGGGAAGACCUGCAGACGGCGGACGACGAGAUCCUGGUGCCAUGCGCCCACUUCCAGAAAGAGAUCUUCUCUACCUUCGGGGUUCCCUUCUUCCUCAAGAUGAAGCACCGGGAACCCUUCACGAAGGUCAAGGACAGGAUUCAGAAGAAGCUGGACAUCCCUGACAAGGAGUUCGAAAAGUACAAGUUCGCCAUUGUCGUAAUGGGGCGGGCGCAGUUCAUCGAGGAUGCAGACUACGUGGUGAACCUGCAAGACUUCAUGGCGCAACCUCCUCAAGGUGCGGCGAUGCACCCCCGUCCCUGGCUGGGCAUCGAACACAUCAACAAGGCGCCCAAGAGGUCCCGCUACAACUACCUGGAGAAGGCCAUCAAGAUCCACAACUGAGGAACCGGGGCCACUCCGUGGGCAGGGCCCCCCCCCCACAGUUGCGGCGAGACGGAUCCGCGGCCUGCGCAAGACCGGCCGCCGCGGCCAUCGUGCUGGCAGCUUUGCGCCACUUACAAGCUGGGUCGAAGCGCCUCAGAAGCGGCCUCCCCUCGUCCCCCGUCCUGCUGCAAGUGGCGACCGGCGAGAGAGAGAAAGCCCUCCCGCCGCCGCUCCAAGAAGAAAAGGAGCAGUCACGUGCACGCUUCUGCGCCGGCCGCCCCUUCUACCCCCGACCUACUGCAGACGUCGUCCCCCCCUUCCCCGACUAUCGCUACCUACCCCUUGGCAGCACGCCCCCUCACUCUCCCGGCUGUGAAAACGUCGCCAGCGCGUGGUGCUCUCACGGCCUCCCCUCUGCCUCUGUCUGCGGCUACCUUCUUUUGAUUUUUGCGACUAUUACAUGUUUUUUUUUUUCUAACACUCCUCGAUUUUUCUUUUUUUAAGUGUGUUUUUUUUUAUGAGACAAGUUCUUUUGUGGGAACUCCAGACAUGGCCGCGAACUGGACGCAGUCUAGCAGACGGACGACGUAGGGGAGCUUAGUUGCAGACGACCUGAGAGUGUAUGCCAUCUUGUUUUGCUUUGUGUCGAGUUUUUCUUUUUUUAAUAUAAUUUUUUCCUAACACCUUUCUUUUUUUAUUUUUAUUUUUGGGAGCUUGCAGCUUUGGGUGGGGUCUAAAUUUUGUGUUUGGCCGCUUGUGGGGUGGGGUGGAGGGGGGGUGCCGGGGCCUUGCUGUUUGCGAGGGGGCCGAAGGACAGCGACGAGCAGACGACGACGACGGAUGAAACUAAGUGGACAAGUCUUGUGUAAAGUUUCUCCUUCUCUUCUUUUUUUUUUUUUUUUUUUGUUGCUUUCUUUCUUGCAUCCAAGGACAGAAAAAGCUUUGACUGGUGACGUCGAAGCAAAUGCACGUCUGUUUCUUGGAAAUUAAACGGUGAAAAGUAAAGAGGAAUCCAAGGAAUGCAACAAAUGCAAUUCUAUGCGAUGGUUGAAGUAGCGCAUUUAUGGCCUUCCCGCGUUUUAUAAGCCGAUGUACUUUUUAUUUUCUACCGGCUACUUUGUUUUUCUAGGAGACCUCAAAAACAAUCCGUGUUGAGCUUCGGUCUCUUUUCGAUGCUGAAAUAGUGUUACAGUCUCCCCGCGGUUACGUUCCUGGUUGACUGUCAUUUCGAGCGCUUUUUCGGUCUCUUUUUUCUAGCCCUUGUAUAUGGUGCAUUAUUUCUCGAUCAUGCUGUGUUGAUUGCCCCCAAUUUCUUUUUUUUCUUUUUCGGCGUCGUCUGUUGCGUCGGCGGAGAUCGUCUGCUUCGAACACGGGCGGCCAUUUUGUUUGGGGCUAGCAGCGGCCAUCUUCAAAAUGGAUUGAAGGCAUACUUGAGUUUCUUUCCUUUGUACCCUGUUUGGGUAGAAUUCUCAACUCUAGAGCUUUUUCUCUUUGUGCGUGUACAGAACAACCUGAGAAGGUGUACGUGGAGAGCGCAGUCAGCUGCAUUGCGUGCCGAUGUGUGUGUGUGUGUGUGUGGGUGAAUGUGUGUGCACGUGCGACUAGCGGCUCAUUAUGCUUGACGAGAACUCUUAAGGACGUUUUUUGCCACGAGCCUACCGGAGGUAAUAGUAAUUUCAUGAGUGUUGUGGAACCAGUUUUUUUGGAGAAUAAACAGAUUAAAUUGUA